AUGGAAAAACGACACAUCAACCGAGCUUCUCGAAUACUCGAACGCUUUUGCACUUUCCUCCGCAGAUUCAUAUUCUCGAUUCUCUCCGUGGGCCCCACACCCCAACACAUCGCCUUCAUCAUGGACGGUAACCGAAGGUACGCCAGGUGGCGAAAUCUCAAAGUAGCAUCGGGCCAUCGGGCCGGAUUCUCAGCCCUCAUGAAAAUGCUACAAUACUGUUACGAGCUGAACGUGAAGCACGUGACCAUUUACGCCUUCAGCAUCGACAACUUCAAAAGGCGGCCGGACGAGGUACAAUCCACGAUGCAGCUGAUACAAGAGAAAAUCGAGGGUUUGACCGAAGAAGAAAGCUUAGUCAACCGGCACGGAGUGCGGGUCAACUUUGUCGGGAAUCUCGAGCUCCUUAGCGAGCCCGUGAAGUUGGCCGCCGAACGGGCCAUGCGGGCCACCGAACGAAACUCGCGGGCCGUGCUCUCGAUUUGCAUAGCUUACACGUCCACGGAUGAGAUUGUGCGUUCGGUCGAGAAAGUUUGUAUCGAGAAAAAACGAGCCGGGAAGUGUCGUGAGGUUGUUGACGUGGCGGAUGUUGAUAGGGGGAUGUAUAUGGCGGGUGCUCCCGAUGUGGACGUUUUGGUCCGGUCAUCGGGCGAGACUCGGCUGAGCAAUUUUCUCCUGUGGCAGAGCGCGUGUGCCUUACUGUACUCCCCACGGGCGCUCUGGCCAGAAAUCGGGUUCCGGCAUCUGGUGAGGGUGGUUUUGGAUUUCCAGAGGAAUUUUGCGUAUUUGGAGAAGAAACGAAAACGACGUUAG